GGAUUCUAUUAUUCGAUUCAUCGUACCGUGAUCCAAGCAAGCCGCCGACUUUGGCGCUACGCUAACAAGGAGACAGAACGCAUAGAAAUCGCCGGACAAACAAUAACCAGAAAAUUGGACUCGCAGGACAGUCCACGAACCUGGUGAUAUUGACUGAGAUUCCUAGAAAGAAAAUUAAAUAAAUUGCAGAACUUCUUGAUAUAUAGGAUUUGGAAUUAAAAUGCCGAAGUCAAAGAAACAGUCUAGUUCUAGCGAUAGUGAUUCUGGGCCAGAUGAUCGCGCACCACCAGCCAAAAAGUCAAAAGAGCAAAAUGCUAAGGAAGACAAAAAAGAUGCGGUUAAUAAUCAGUGGACUUUGGAAAAACUGCGCCAAAUUCGCAUAAGCGAAUUUAGGGGUCGGAAGUUAAUAGAUAUUCGCGAAUUUUACGAAAAAAAUGGAGAGUUGUUGCCAGGAAAAAAAGGUAUUUCGCUUUCUAUCACUCAAUGGAAACGACUUCUUGAAGUAGCUGAUGAAGUAAAUCGAGCCAUAGAGGGGUAAGAUGAUGUGUUGACUGCUGCUUCACUAUAUAGGUAUAUAAUCUUGUAUUUAUGAAAAGAAUUUCCAGUUUACGUUAAGAUUCAGUAUACUGUUGUUUUUAGCUUUUUUUUAGCACUGUAAGAUCAUUAAAAAUUUUUUGAACCUGAACCUCAAAAAUAUGUUCUUUAAAAAAUGUAUAUUUUCCUAUCGAAACUCCACCAACAGAAAAGGUUAUAAAAAUAAAAAUGUUACUUUCUACCAAUAAUA